CAGCUCCAGGCUCCGUGUCCAGCCCAGCAAAGCCACCACCAUGGUGCACUGGUCAGCCGAGGAGAAGCAGCUCAUCACCAGCGUCUGGGCCAAGCUCAGCGUGGAGGAGUGCGGUGCCGAGGCCCUGGCCAGGCUGCUGAUCGUCUACCCCUGGACCCAGAGGUUCUUCUCUAACUUCGGGAACCUGUCCAGCCCCACGGCCAUCGUCGGUAACCCCAAGGUGCGUGCCCACGGCAAGAAGGUGCUCACCUCCUUUGGGGAGGCCAUCAAGAACCUGGACAACCUCAAGGGCACCUACUCCAAGCUGUCUGAGCUGCACUGUGACAAGCUGCACGUGGACCCCGAGAACUUCAGGCUCCUGGGGGACAUCCUGGUCAUCGUCCUGGCCACGCACCUCGCCAAGGACUUCACCCCCGCCUGCCAGGCCACGUGGCAGAAGCUGGUUGGGGUGGUGGCCCAUGCCCUGGCCCACAAGUACCACUGAAGCCUCGGGAGGCAUCUGUGUCUGUGACAGGCAAUAAAAACUACAUUUUCUGCAAUUCUUU